AAAGGGGAGUGACGCAGUUAUUGUAGAUGUAUAGAUACUCCAUGCUUUUCUCAUAUGACCUGAAAUUAAAUUUUUUUCAAGCUUUCACGCAAAAAACUAAAUCCACAUAAACACAGCAAAGAAGAGGGAUUCCCACUGUCAUCUGCAAGCUGCAUGACCAUUCUCUGCGCCCCUUGAAUUUGGAUGCCAUUCCGGGAGGAGGUUGCGGUAAACCCCGAGGACUAGAUGCGAUAACCAUAAGGAGACAUGCCGCAGCCGAAAUCACGAAAAAUCGCCAUCCUCGGGUACAGAUCCGUAGGAAAGUCCUCUUUGACCAUCCAGUUUGUGGAAGGCCAGUUUGUUGAUUCCUAUGACCCAACAAUAGAAAACACAUUUACUAAGAUGAUCACAAUAAAUGGACAAGAGUACCAUCUCCAGCUUGUAGACACAGCAGGGCAGGAUGAAUACUCAAUCUUCCCACAGACUUACUCCAUAGAUAUCAAUGGCUACAUACUGGUCUAUUCAGUUACAUCAAAUAAAAGCUUUGAAGUUGUACAAGUUAUCCAUGAAAAACUGUUGGACAUGGUGGGAAAAGUUCAAGUUCCAAUUAUGCUCGUCGGAAACAAGAAUGACCUACAUAUGGAGCGAGUAAUCAGUUGUGAAGAGGGAAAAGCAUUAGCUGAAUCCUGGAACGCUGCCUUCAUGGAGUCCUCAGCUAAAGAGAACCAGACGGCCGUGGAGGUUUUCCGAAGGAUGAUCCUGGAGGCAGAAAAGAUGGACGGUGGCGUGCAGCCAGGAAAAACAUCCUGCUCCAUGAUGUAGAGCCGCCCAAUCAACACACAGGACACUGCACUGGGAUAUCCCGUUACUUGAAGGCUAGCUGCCAGUUCUCCUCCACCUCAACUGACUCCACCCCCAGGGUCCUAAAUAUCCAAUAUUGUCUAUUUAUGGCUCUGAUUCCACUGUUAUUUAUCAGUAUUCCCUUUUGUCAUCCUUGUUUUUCUUCAUGUGUUUGAUAAAAGAAAAGGACAAGUGGUGGUUCCUUGUCUUGCAUUUUCCACAACCCGCUCCUCCGUCUCUGGGCUCGGCACUGAUGCAAAACACAGAAUAUCACAGAUGUAUCAGGAAAAAUCCUAUAUCGGAAAUGAUGACAACUGUAACUAAGUUAGCAGUGGCUCAAUGAAUCUUUGCUUCCCGAUAUGCAGCUUCCAUUUAGCCCCUUCCCUGUUUAAAUAAAAUGAGAUAAGAGGAUUGUCAUAUCUAUCUGCCAUGCAUAUGCCUGGAAAAUGGUUAGAUAAACACAGUCAUUUUUUCUGAUACAUCACCUGCUGUUUGGUCCCAUCCAUAUGCAUCUCUUUUUCUACUUCAUCUACACACAGUACCCACUUCUCUGUCCCUCGGUUUGUUUUCAUAGCAGAUACUGUCAGCCAAAAGAAAAAAAGAAAAAAAAAUCUGCAUUCAUUUUCUAAUGUUGAAAAUGUUGUACAAAUGUUUUUGAUUGUAAUCAUUAAAGCGAAAAGUGGUUAUCUAAGCAGGCUGUGUUUUUGAAUUAUUGCAGAGGCUGUUAGCUAAUGAGUUUUGUCGCUAGGAAGGCAGGGUGUUUCUCUUUGUUUGCACCCUUUUAAUGAUAAUUGAUAUGUUUGGGCUAAAAGAAGAGAGAAGUACUUAGCCGUUUUGAUUUAUUGAAUCCUUUGUGCUUCUUCGUAAAAGAUGAAAUAAAUUGAAAAGGGUGCAGGAUGCAAGCAC